AUGGCGGAGUUCGGGGAAAGGGAGGGGAGUCCACCGGGGACAAGCCCGGCCUGGGUGCCGCCGCCAGAGCACCCAUGUGGCAGCAAAGGUGUCAUUGGUGGAGCCUCUGCGCAGACCCGGGAACGGCGGGAACGGCAGCAACGGCCGGAGCCCGGUGAGGCGGCGGCGCAGCAUCCCGGGCACAGGGCAGCCACCUCUGUGGUACUCACAGGAACCGGGAGGAGCCAGAGCUGUUCCGGCAGCGGCUCCUGCCGAGGCCACAGCAGGAAGGAGACCGAGGACAGCCGCUCCCGCAGCGCCUUCAGCCCAGGGGGAACACGGGCCGAGCACGGAACAACGAACCCACCAGAGCCCCCUGCCGCCCCCUUCGCCCGCAGCGAGCCCCGAGCCCCCGCAAAACCGAGCGCGCCUCCCACCUGCGCUGGGGCCGCCUCCGAACUCCGCCGCCGGCGCCUCACCAGGCUCCGGCCGCUGCCGCCGCUCCCGGCCCCGCACAGAAGCUCCGAAAAUGGCGGGCUUGGCCCCGGGGCCGGGCUUGUCCUCGCUCUGCCCAAUCAGCGCGCGGGAAAUCGAAGCGUGACCGCCGAAUCGGUCAAUCGCAGCGAGGGGCGAGCUCUGCCCAUUGCACAGACACCCUUCCCUUUCCCCGAGCUCCGCCGUUUCUUGGAAACAUCUCCUGAGGACCGGCUCCCGCGCUGUACCCUGAACCGCUGGGAGCUUGGGGAUUUUCCAUUCCCAAGGCAUGGAUGCAUAGAGGAGGAGGAAAAGUCCCAGAGUUUCCUCAUGCGGAGAGGCUGCAAAUCCAGCUGUGAGAGCUGCAAGGUGGAAAGACCCUCCCUCUGCCAGGAAGGCGACCAGAGAUCCAGGCGGAGCUCAGAGAUGGUGAAGAUGCCUCUUGGAGGGAAGAAACCCCACAAGUGCUUGGAAUGUGGGAAGGGUUUCAGCUACAGCUCCAAGCUCAUCCAACACCAGAAGAUCCACACUGGGGAACAGCCCUAUGAGUGUGGGGAAUGUGGGAAGAGCUUCAACCAGAGCUUCAACCUGAUCCAGCACCAAAGGAUCCACACUGGGAAGAAGCCCUACAAGUGUGGGGACUGUAGGAAGGGAUUCAGAGACCACUCCAACCUAAUCCACCACCAUAGGAUUCACACUGGGGAACGGCCCUAUGAGUGUGAGGAAUGUGGGAAGAGCUUCAGCCAGAGCUCCAACCUGACCCAGCACCAGAGGAUCCACACUGGGGAACGGCCCUAUGAGUGUGGGAAAUGUGGGAAGAGUUUCUGCACAAUAUCUCAUCUGAUGCUGCACCAGGUGAUCCACACAGGGGAACGGCCCUACAUCUACUUGGAAUGUGGGAAGAGCUUUGGGUGGAUGUCCUACCUGAGAAGACACCAGCGCAUCCACACCGGGGAGAAGCCCUACAAUUGUCCUGAGUGUGAGAAGAGGUUUCAGACCAGCUCCGAUCUCCUUGUACAUGAGCGGAUUCACACAGAGGAGAGGCCCUUCCACUGCCCCGACUGUGGGAAGGGCUUCAAGCAAAACUCCCACUUCAUCAGAUACUGACGCAUCCACACCGGGGAGACCUACGAGUGUCCUGAGUGUGGGAAGAGCUUCUCACAGAGCUCUCAUUUGACCCGACACCAGCAGAGGCAGCACUAAGGGAAGUCCUGUGAGUGCCCCGAGUGUGGAAAGAGCUUCAUGCUCUGCUCCAGCUCCAUCCCCCAUGGGAGGAUCGGUGUUGGAUGAUCCCCAGUGACCUCUGUUGGACAGAGUCCUGAUGAUUCAUGAUCCUGGUGUUUCCGUGUUGGAUGGGGAAAGGGGUUGGAGUGAUUUCUCUCCCUUUGCCUUGUCUUGCUGUGAUUUGGUUGGUAAUAAAUUCACUCACUGUGCCCAGGCUGGGUCUGUUGUUCCUCUUUUUCUCUUUGGUGAGAAUCUUUCCCUGGUCUUAUCCCAACCCAGGAUCUCUUGGUUAAAUUUUCUCUCUCCUGUUUCAGCUGGAGAGGGGCAGGGUCAGCGUGGCUUUCGUGGGUGCCUGGCAUUAGGCCAGCAUCACCCAGGCCAUGGGCACCCCUGAGAUCCCAGUGUGGUGAUGCAUUCCCCCACUUCUAGAACAAGUGCUGACCCAAACUGUGGCUGGGAUGAAACAUCAUUAUGACUGGAGCCCGCUCUCUUGUGACCCCAUCAGAAGAAAUCCCAAAGGAGACCUUUGAACUCUCCUGGGC